AGCCCGGCGGCCGAGGGGGAGGCUCUAUGGCGACCGGAGCGAACGCCACGCCGCUGGGCAAGCUCCACCCGCCGCCGCCGCCGGGGCAGCCCGGCUUCCCCCUGCCUCCUCCGCCCGGCCUCGUCCUGCCCGGCCCCGGUUCCGGUCCGGCCCCCGCCGCUCUGCUCGGCCCCAUGGCGGCCGCCGCCUACCCGUUCGCCGCUCUCCCUCCGCCGCCUCCUCCUCCUCCUCCUCCGCCGCCGCCGCCGCAGCCUCAGGCUCAGCAGCAGCCGCCGCCGCCUCCUCCGCCGCCGCCGCCGCCAUCGCAGCAGCAGCCGCAGCAGCAACAACCGCAGGCGGCUUCCACCCCGCAGCCGCCGGCCUCGGCCUCCGCUGCCCCGCAGCAGCCUCCGGCUCCCGGUGCCGCUCCCUAUGGGCAGUACCGCUUCCCAUCCCCACCACCGGGACACGAUCCCCCCCAAGCCCCGCAGGCCGCAGCGGCCCCGCCGGCAGCGGCUCCGUCCCCGCAGCCCGGGGGCCCCGCACAGACACCGGCAGCGGCCGCAGCGCAGCAGCGACCGGAUGAGAGCGGAGCGGGGGGAGCGGCGCCGCAGAACGAAGCCGCCGUGCGGGCGAGCGCCGCGCACAAAGCGGCCCGGAGGUCAGACUUCCCACGGAAGCGGAAACGGAGCCGCUGGAAUCAGGACUCGCUGGAGCAGAAAACGGUGAUCCCGGGAAUGCCGACAGUGAUCCCGCCGGGGCUCACCCGGGAGCAGGAGCGCGCUUACAUCGUGCAACUGCAGAUCGAAGACCUGACUCGCAAACUGCGCACGGGAGACCUGGGCAUCCCCCCUAACCCUGAGGACAGGUCCCCAUCCCCGGAGCCCAUCUACAACAGUGAGGGGAAGCGGCUCAACACACGCGAGUUCCGCACGAGGAAGAAGCUGGAGGAGGAGAGGCACAACCUCAUCACCGAGAUGGUUGCCCUCAACCCCGACUUCAAGCCCCCCGCCGACUACAAGCCGCCGGCAACGCGGGUGAGCGACAAGGUGAUGAUCCCACAGGAUGAGUAUCCCGAGAUCAACUUCGUGGGGCUCCUCAUUGGGCCCAGAGGGAACACACUGAAGAACAUUGAGAAGGAAUGCAAUGCCAAGAUCAUGAUCCGGGGCAAGGGCUCGGUGAAGGAGGGCAAAGUGGGGCGCAAGGAUGGGCAGAUGCUGCCGGGGGAGGACGAGCCCCUGCACGCCCUGGUCACUGCCAACACCAUGGAGAACGUCAAGAAGGCAGUGGAACAGAUCCGGAACAUCCUGAAGCAAGGAAUCGAGACCCCCGAGGACCAGAACGACCUGAGGAAGAUGCAGCUGCGGGAGCUGGCGCGGCUCAACGGGACCCUGCGGGAGGAUGACAACCGCAUCCUGCGGCCAUGGCAGAGCACCGAGACCCGCAGCAUCACCAACACCACCGUGUGCACCAAGUGCGGUGGCGCCGGCCACAUUGCCUCCGACUGCAAGUUUGCCAGGCCCGGUGACCCACAGUCAGCCCAGGACAAGGCCCGCAUGGACAAGGAGUACCUGUCCCUGAUGGCAGAGCUGGGGGAGGCCCCGGUCUCAGUCAGCUCCAAUGCUGCCCACAACAACAGCCCCCUCUCCAGCAGCCACCGUGCUGCCAACCAGGCCAGCAGCCAGCCCCCCCCCAGCCGCCCACCCUGGAUGAACUCAACCCCAUCGGAAAACCGCCCCUACCAUGGGAUGCAUGGGGGGCCGGGGGGGCCCCACAGCUUCCCCCACCCUAUGGCUGGCAUGGGGGGGGGCCACGGGGCGCACCCCCUGCAGCACAACCCCAACGGGCCCCCGCCUUGGAUGCAGCCCCAUCAUCCGCCUAUGGGGCAGGGCCCCCACCCGCCUGGGCAUCCGGGGCCACACCACAUGGAUCAGUACCUGGGCAAUGCGCCGGUGGGCUCUGGGGUCUAUCGCCUGCACCAGGGAAAAGGUAUGAUGCCUCCACCGCUGGGUAUGCUGCCCCCGCCGCCCCCCCCGCCCGGUGGGCAGCCGCCCCCUCCCUCCGGCCCACUCCCCCCAUGGCAGCAGCAGCCGCCGCCACCCCCCAGCAGCAGCAGCACCCCCUUGCCAUGGCAGCAAAAUACGACGACCACCACGAGCGCUGGCAGCGGCUCCCUCCCCCCAUGGCAGCAGCAGGGGGGGGCGGGGGGGGCGGCGGGGGGGGGGGCAGCUUCUUCGGGAGCCCCCCCACUCCCCGGCAGCCCCUCCAUGGUGCCUUUGCCCCCCGGGGUGCAGCCCCCACUCCCCCCCGGGGCCCCUCCGCCCCCCCCCCCACCCCCUGGCUCCGGGGGCAUGAUGUACGCACCCCCGCCCCCCCCGCCGCCCCCCCCCAUGGACCCUUCUAACUUCGUCACCAUGAUGGGGAUGGGGGUGCCUGCCAUGCCCCCCUUCGGCAUGCCCCCCGCGCCCCCCCCACCGCCCCCCCAGAACUGAGCAAUACCACCGCCAUGGGGGGGGGCACGGGGACCACUCCACUGAGGGGAGGGGAAGAUAAACCCCCCCGCCUCACCACUGUGGGCUCUUCCACCACUGGGACCCCCCCCCCACUUCCACCAAUGGGCUGUUCCACCUUAGGGACCCCCCGCCUUCAGUGGACUGAUCCACUUCACCCCCUGCCCUACCCAUUGUGCAUCGGGGACCACCACCAUAGGGACGCCCCCCCCCCCGCCAUGGGCUGUUCCACUGAGGGGGAGACCCCCCCCACCCUUCCACUUUGGACUCUUCAACCACCAGGACCCCCCCCUCCCAAAUGUGGACUGAUCCAUAGGGAGACGGGGGGGGGGGGGUGUCUCUUUGCCACCAUCGGGAGUCCCCCCCCAUUGUAUGGACUGAUCCAUUGUAGUGGGUCCUUCUUCCCUAUAGGGGACCACCACCAUUGGGCUGCCCCCGCCCCCCGCAUUUUAUGAGUUGGUUUAACCCCUGCAGCCCCACAUCAGGAGAGGGCACACCCCAAAUCGGGGGGGGGGAGGGGGGGAGCACAGUAAACCGGGGCUGCUUAGUGAAGGGGGGGGUCCCAUGUCCCCACCCCCCCUUAUUCUGGGGUGUUGUCCCCCCCAUUUCACCCCCUUUUAGAGUCCCCCCCCAUCCCCUUGCGCUUUUUUGUGUAUGAAUAAAUCCAGAGCGGGGCC